AUGCAGUAUGCAAAGGAGAAGUUGAGCAACAUGGCCAGCUCAACCAAGGAACACGUAAAUAUUUACAAAGCCAAAGUUGAAGAAAAGGCUGAGGCAGCAGCGGCGACGACCAAGGAACAGAAAAAGAUGGCAAAAGAGCGUAGGAAAGUGAAGGAGGCGAGAGCAAGGAUGGAGCGGCACAAAGCCAAAGCCAGGCAUGCUGAGAAGAAACUCAUCAGCUCCAAACAAUCCCAUGCUCAUCAUGCCCACCAACCGCUUGUUGCCACGCGCCAUAAUAACCCUAUGCAUAUGGCCCACCACCAACACCAGCACAUGACUGCAACCCACUAGUAUCAUGCCAUCUGUCCACCCGAUGUAUGUAUGUAUAUUGGGACUUUUUCAAUAAAAGGCAGCAGCUUGUCAUGUAGAUGAACAUAUAUGGCUGAGAGUGGUGAAGUUUUCUGCAUGGAGUAAUGCGUGGUGACUAAUUUUGU